AUGAACCAACAAAAGAGACUUCUAGCGAUAGCUGUCGAUGACCAUGCAAAGCACAACCCUAGCAAUAUCUUUGCAGUCAUCCCGCAAGGCUCGGAACUUAGCCAUGGCUUCCGUAGCCUGACCAUGAAAGACCUGGCACACGCUGUUAACGGUAUGUGUUGGUGGAUUGAAGGAACUAUCGGACUAGCACAGUCGCCCGAGACACUGGCGUACAUGGGGAGCAAUGAUGUGCGCUAUUUCGUCUUCAUGCUUGCCUGCCAGAAGACCGGUUACCAGGCUUUCUUGCCUUCGACCAGGAACUCGGAUGAAGCUCAUCUCCACCUAUUGAAAGUGAUCGACUGCACCAAGUUCUUCUUCAGUGAGGAGCGACGGGCAAGAGCUCUGGAGAUCCAGGGGCUCUCUUCGAAGGCCUUGGAGCUUUUCCAGGUUCCCGCUCUCAAGACCGUCCUCAAUGAGGAGCCUGGUCUGCGCUAUUACCCAUAUAACAAGUCGUUUGCCGAUGCCGAAAAUGACACAAUAUGUAUCAUCCACAGUUCAGGAACAACAGGCAUGCCAAAGCCAGUAUACCUCACCAACGGCUUCUUUAUGACUCUCGACUCGCUCUCUAACCUUCAAUGGCCAGCAGGCCGCAUUCCAGCUCCCUUCUUCCAUUUAGGCCAAGAGGACCUGGUGCUGAGCACAACACCCUUUUUCCACCUCAUGGGACUGAUGGCCUUGAUAUUCACGGUCUGGUUUGACGUUCCUGUCCUAAUUGGCCCUGAGAAGCCACUGUCCGUCGAUCAUAUGGUGGGACUUAUGCAAAUCGGCCGUCCGACAUUAGCAAUGUGUCCACCAUCGGUUUUGGAGGACAUGAGCUAUUCUGAUGAAGCACUGUCCUGUGUGAAGAACCUCAAAUCCGUACUCUUUGGAGGCGCACCACUUGCACCAGACGUUGGAGACCGUCUCCGCCAACACACCACAGUUGUGACAGUGAUCGGAACCAGCGAGAUUGGCUGGAUUGCAUCGAUGGUACCAGAGGACCCAGCUAACUGGGGUUACUUUGAAUGGAACGACACAUAUGGUGUCGAUAUGCAGGAUAUCGGCGAGGGCAUGUUUGAGAUGGUCAUUCCUCGACAGCCGGAUGCUCGCGACUUCAAGGGUAUCUUCCAUACAUAUCCCGACAUCAGUGAAUAUCACACCAACGAUCUGUACACUCGACACCCGACACACCCCCGUCUCUGGAAGUUCCAUGGACGAAAGGAUGAUGUGAUUGUGUUGAGUAACGGAGAGAAAUUCAACCCCGUGGGAAUGGAAACCAUCAUUGAGGGUCAUCCGUUGGUUGAUAGUGCGGUUGUAGUUGGCCAAUCCCGCUUCCAAGCUGGGUUGCUCAUUGAGCUGAACCAUGAUGUGCCGGACAUGGACACCAAGCUAUUUAUCGAGCAGAUUUGGCCGACGGUGCAGGUGGCUAAUUCAACCAUUGCUGGCCACGGACGAGUCAUGAAGAACAGGAUCGGCAUUGCUCCCAAGACGAAGGCCUUCAAGAAGACGCCGAAGGGCACUGUACAGCGUCGGACUGUUCUUCGGGAAUUUGAGGAGGAGAUUGAUGCGAUUUAUGCUCAAGGAAUGGACGACGAAUUUGACCAAGAUCUUCCGGAGAGUUUGGAUUCCGAGAGUGUCACCAAAUUCAUUCGCCAAACCAUUGCGCGUGUCUUGGAGAAGGAGAUAUUCAGUACUCAGGACUUCUUCAGUGCUGGUCUUGAUUCUUUGCUGGCCAUCCAGGUCUCUCGAAUGAUGCAAAAGAUCAUCGAAUUGCGCCCAGGAGUGAAAGCAGCCAUUACUGCUCAAACCAUUUAUGCCAACCCGACAAUCGAGAAAUUGUCUACUGCUGUGCUAGCCAUGCUGGAAGGGAAAUCCCAGGCUGAAAUUCCACGCGAAAAGAAGCUCCAUUACUUGGUGAAAAAGUAUACGUCCGACCUUCCCGUCCGGAAGGUCCGCCACAAUGAAUUGCAAGCGCCUACCACUGUGAUUUUGACUGGCUCCACUGGCUCAUUGGGCAACUAUCUACUUCAUCGUCUACUGAGCAGCGAGUCUAUCUCUAAAGUCUACUGUCUCAAUCGCUCCGACGCCGUAUCACGACAGCAAAAGGGCUUCGAAGAGAAGGGCCUGUCCCUGGACAACUGGAACAAGGCCGAGUUCCUGCAAGCAUCAUUCGGAGCAGAACGCUUUGGCCUUGACGGGGCUAAAUACCAGGAGCUCGUUGACUCGGUCGACACCAUCAUCCACAACGCGUGGAAAGUCGACUUCAAUCACACCGUUGACUCUUUCGAAGACACUCACAUUCAAGGUGUGCGACGCUUCGUCGACUUCAGCCUGAGCAGCCGCAACAAUGCUCACAUUCACUUCGUCUCUUCUGUCAGCACAGUAGGGGCCUGGACACCUGAGAUGGGAUCUUCGAUUCCAGAAGAGCCCAUGGACAGCAAUGUCGUUCUCUCCCAAGGAUACGGCGAGUCCAAACACGUCGCGGAGCGUAUCUGCCUCGAAGCCUCACGCCGCUCAGACGUCCCUACGACGGUGUAUCGCGUUGGACAGAUCGCAGGACCAACCAGCCGGAGUGGACAAUGGAAUCCACACGAAUGGUUGCCAAUGAUCAUCGCGACGUCGAAAGCGAUGGGUAAAAUCCCAACUCGCUUAGGAUCAAUGCCCGUUGAUUGGGUACCGGUGGACACCCUCUCCGCGAUUAUGGUGGAGAUUGUCAACACACGUCAUCGGUCGUCCGACCUGCCCUGGGCCGUGUUUCACCUCACCAACCCGGAGGCAGCGCCAUGGUCAUCGCUGAUUCCAGCCGUUCAAGAGCAAUAUCCGGUCGAGCCAGUUGAUUUUGCUGCGUGGGUUGCCGACCUCGAAAGCAUUUCCAAUCCCAGCAGCGCGGACCUCGCUUCCAAACCGGCGCUCAAGCUAUUGAGUUUCUACCGCGGGCUUUUAGAUGAGGGGGGGUAUGUCUGUGCCGUUGGAUGUCCGGCGGGCGAGAAACGCCAGUCGUAG